CCGGAAUUAUUUUACCUGUUCCGUUAUAAUUUGUAAUUUAUUAGGCUUUUUAUCGUUCUCGAGUAUAUCUUUAUCCUAGAUUACUCUUUUCCCAAGUAAUUCAGUCUCUUUUGACAAUCACCCUUACUAAUGUUCUUUGAAAAUUAUAUCAAGUAUAAAUAACCUUUUUGUAAUAUGAGCAGACAGAAAGGGGGCAACCUAAGAAAAAAAAACUCGAGUUUUGACCGCCACAGCACUAUAUUUUCAAGCAGAGAUGGUCAAAACAGUAGCAACAAACAGACCGAAAGACAAUUGUUCGAUCCUCGUGCUGACAAUCCCAUCACUUUUAACAAACAACAUCUGCAACAAUUGCAACAGCAACAGCAACAGCAACAGCAACAGCAACAGCAACAGCAACAGCAACAGCAACAGCAACAGCAACAGCAACAGCAACAGCAACAGCAACAGCAACAGCAACAGCAGCGACCUCGAGUCAGUAGCUCGAAUAAUAGCUUGGAUGAAACAAGGGUUUCUGUUCAAUUGACUACAAGAGCCUCUCAAGAUAGCAAACGAUUAUUCAGACCUCACGUUGAUGACCCUCUUAGAUUUAAGCAUACCUUUGUAGAGAAAAAUUCCGUCAAAGCCGAUGUAAAGCCAGAGAGCGCGACACCGUCCACUGCUUUAUAUCUUACUGAAAGACGUAUGAAUGACAGUAUUCAGUCAAAAAAUAGAAGACUACCUGCUGCAGGAAGACGUUUGUGGACUGCUAAAGAUGGUGUGCCAUUAAUCGCAAAUAUAGAGACUUCACCUUUACAAAAGGUCGUUAAUGAACCUAAUGCGAGUUUAAAGUCGAAUGCGUUGUUGCUUAGAGACUCACCACGCAUUGAUAACAAUGAAAAAAACCAGGAGACAAGAAACUUCUCACCUUCAUUAGAAAACGGCAAAACACCAUCGAUUUUGACAGAAGAGGAUAAAGAAAAAGAUCGGAAGAGAAAGCAAUGCAAAGCAAUUAUCAAUCAGAUGAGGGCUUUAGAAGCCGAACUAGAGGCACUGAAUGAGAGAGCGUCUUCAUUGGCUUUAUUCAAGGAUAAAAGUUGUAAACAUGAGGAUGAUGAUGAGCAUUUCUCAGGUAGACGUCGUCGUCCAACGACGGAAGAUAAACCGAUUGAGGAGGAUAAAUCCAAUAUAUUGAUGGAUCAAGAUGUUAUUGAUGCUGAGCAGAUUUGGUUAAAAAGACUUGAAUCUCAUGGAAAAUUGGGAGAAAAGUAUUUAGAGCUUGUAAAAUGUGAUUUCGAAUAUGCAGAAAGAAAAGGGCUAGGAACUCUAUGUUGGAAGAGAGUUGUAUACAAUUUUAUCAGUCAAUUCAGAAAAACUUUAGAUAAGCUCUCCAUUGAAUUAUCAACAAAGCCGUCAAGUACAAAAAAUAAGGUCAAUGAAGACGCUACUGUAGUAAUCACCAACAGUCAGUCUAAGCAAAGGAGCAAAUUAGAGGCCAUGCUAUUCAGUGAUGAUGAAGAAGAGGAUGCAUUAGAGACCUCAUUGACAGAGAUACCAGUAAUCAACGAAAGCGGUGGUAUGACAUUCGUGAAAGUUGAACAACAGAAGCCGAUUGACUCAGCAGUUACGAACAGAGACCUGCUGCAUCAGUAUUAUAAUCGCGUUUUAAGACUACUUUUGCAAUAUCUUAGCCAAGCAGACGAGUUGUAUUCUGAGUUUGCAUCAUUUUUGAAAACUGUCGAUGAAACCUCAAAUGACAUUGGAAUCGAAGAUUAUUUACAGCAAUGGAGAAGGACAAAAAGAUACAAAUGGUACAAUAGUAUUUCACUACGUGCUGAUAUUGCGAGAUAUAGAUGGAUGUAUACACCCGCAGAAGAUAAUAUGCCUUUGGCCGGCAACGAUACUCAGGAGGAAAAAAGCAAGCAAACUAUAACAGUUUAUACAAAGAAAGAUGCAUUUUUAGAAGCUUGGAAAAGAUACUCUUUAGGCAUAUGGCUCAUGCCGGCAAGAGGAAAUUUGUAUUAUAAUCUGUCAUUAUUGCUACAACAACCGAAUUCUCAAGGUUCCUCACCGAAGCUUGACCUAUACAAGCUCUAUUUUAGUAUACGCAGCCUCAUGGUGAGACGAAAUGGAUUCUUAAAUGCCAGAGAAGGUAUACUUGUGUUAUUUGAAAGAAACCGUCUGUGGGUUCAAAGACACUUUCCAGCAGUUGGUAACAUUUUGCAAACGAAAAACAAACGAACUAAAGCGAAGGGCAAAGCUGCCGCAAAAUUCAUCAGCAAAGGUACGAGUAUAACUGCUUUCUUUGUUCGACUACAUGGGAUGCUGUUCACAAAGAUUGGAUUGGAUGAAUUUGCUCCAGUCAAACGCCUUUUCUUCGAUUCUUUAUUUGGAAAGGACGCUGAGGCAUUGAAGGAAGAUCAACUUUUUGUUGUUUCUGAGGAAUUGCAGUAUGGCACUUCUGUCACAGGGCGGUCACCAUUAUCUGUAGUUGAUAAUUUCUGGCUACAAAUUAUCAUUCUAUGCAUCUCAUCAUUAUACACAUAUGAUUAUGAAAACUCAAAAAUAGCUAAACUUGUUAAAGCCAAUUUCACGAACCGCUUUUAUUCAAUGAUUACAAAUGAUAGCGAGCAACGAGAUGAGCAAGACCAGCAAUACCAAACAAUGGUGGACGAGCUAAAAGAUAGUAUUUUAUUUAUAUAUGGAAUUGAUUUGACCUGUCAGAUUGCUGUUGAAAUCUUUCAAAGAUAUUUGGACAGGUCGCUAUCGCCACCUAUUAUACCACGACCCUUACAAUUACCCCAAGUCAGUUAUAGUUACGUACAAAGCCAGAAAUUUCUGUUUGGAAAUGAACGUUUAAAUGAUUGCAUUCCCACGUAUGUCGAAGAGGACGAUAACAAUGUGAGUAAUGAUGGAGAUACUCAAUGUUUAAAAGAUGAAACACACGGCUACCUCAUCUAUGUCGAAGUUUUACUCCACUGGAUGGUCAUCAACGGUAUUUGUGUACGUUGUGAAGACAAACCUUCUCUAUGGGAACUGUUGGUUGGGGCUGUCGAUUUCGAUUUGCUUACAUAUCAAUACAAAGGCAGACCAUUGAAUUUGCAACGUAAUUCAAAGAUAUCUUCAGCAUUUUGGCCAUUGUUGCUCGAUUUCUUGAAUAAAUUAUUAGUAGAAAUCCCUGAGGACGAGAAAUACAAUAUUAUCAACAAACAUAUUCUAGACGACGAUGAGCAAGAAAAAAUGGAAACUGCUGAUUUUGCCGAAAACCACUCAUGUUCAGACGGUACCAAGUGUUCACCAACUGAACGUGCGUUUGUCAAGUCGGCCUUAUCUAUUUUGAAGGAAGCACCUGAACUUCCGGAAGAGGAACAUUUACGUGGCCUCGGUUGGGUCGAUGACGUUCACGGUAAAUUUUUGCAGUUUACAGACGUCAAUCAUGAACAUAGUCAAGUCUGUACAUUUGACAUCGUAACCCAUCGAAAAAUGAAAAUACUGGAGUACGGUUUCGCCCUUGUAAAACAUUUGGAGGGCAUUUGCAUUUAUGAUCCCGUCGAAGAGAAAUUUGCUAUGUCACCAUCUGUGGAAGAUCGCAUCAUGGCUUUGGAAGAAGAAGCUACAAAGCAACAGCAGGUCUCGUCAUUGUACCAAGAUUCCAACACUGAUGAUGAUAAUAAUGAUGAAUCGCAUGACAAUGUAGCAAGCGCUACAAUUGAAGGAACAACUAUAUCGGAAAUGGACGAUGAUGUUUUGUUCUCAACAGAUAUUUCGUUUAGCCAUGAAGAUACCAAUACAGUUGAUGAGGAGGAGAGGGGAGAUGAGGAUGAUGAUGAUAUCAUGACUCAAUUGAAGAAACGACGUGAACAACUUCAAGCAAUGGUUGCUACUGCAGACGCAGAAGCACGCUCAGGUUAUCGAAGAUUACCUGCUCGUAUUAAGGAGAGAGAGACCCGCAUGAAUUAUCUUCGUGAACGCAUUGUACCUGGCAAGACUGUGCUGGUUUUGGACACUAACUGUUUUAUUGGGCAUCUCGAUCUUGUUACCAAGCUUUUCCAAAAACAAGCAUGGUCGAUCGUAGUUCCUCUUGUUGUCAUCACUGAAUUGGAUGGCUUGAAGACGAAUCCAAGUAAAUUAGGUACUGUAGCUCGAAGUGCCAUCGAACUCAUUGAAAGCACGCUAGCAGCCAAACAAAAGCAAAGUACAACGUUGCGUAUUCAAACAUCCCAUAAUAAUUUCAUGAAUGCUAUUUCUAUACGAUCCGAGCAAUUUGUAUUCGGCGAGACAGAUAAGAACUUGGAUGAUUUGAUUCUAUCAGCAUGUUUAUGGUGGAUAAAUCAACAGCAACAACAACAACAACAAAAGGAGGAUAUGUCAGUCGUGCCUGUCUGUUUAGUAACAGGUGAUAGAAAUUUGGGUGUGAAAGCUCGAGCGAGGGAUGUUGAAGUUGUACCUGUUUCUGCUAUCAUGCAAUUGACGCCAAAAGAGACGUAACCCAUUGCUAUUUUCGAUUUCACCUUACAAUUUGAAUUCAAACGACAUUUUAAAAGAAAUAAAAAUUUUGGCUAUCCCUGUGAACGUCAAUAUAUUUGACAGGUUUGACGUUACACCCGGGUACGCAUUGUAUAUAGAUUGGAAGUUGGUGCUAUCUUACGUUUGUCUCACAAUUCACUACUGUAUGUCGGCGACAUGGUGAAAUGUACUUUGUCUGCCUGCAUCAUUGACUAAAGAAACCGAUGCUCUGACUCAUUUAAAGCAGUCCUUUGAAGAUCCCAAAAAUAUGUAACUUUAUCCU